CAACAAACGACACUUAAAUCCCCCCACCCCCACCACUCACUCACACUCACCACACACUUCUUCAACCCCCAAAUUCCCACAGCCCACCGGCAACCGGCAACCGGAAACCGCCACAACCACCGCCACCCAACACACCUCCACUCCCCGACCCCCCAGCACCGGCUCCUCCGGUAACCGGUAAAACUCGCCGUCACCGCCGUCGCCAUGUUCAGAGACGUCUCGACCUGCAAUACGUACAACUAUGGCGACGCCCUCUACUGGGAUGCCCGCUACAUCCAGGAGGGUGGCUCCUUUGACUGGUACCAGCGCUACUCCGCCCUCCGCCCCUUCGUCCGCAAUUAUAUCCCUACCUCCUCCCGCGUCCUCAUGGUCGGCUGCGGCAAUGCCGUAAUGUCUGAGGACAUGGUGGAGGAUGGAUAUGAAGACAUAAUGAAUGUCGACAUUUCGUCGGUCGCCAUUGAGAUGAUGAGAAGAAAACAUGAGUCGAUUCCUCAGCUGAAAUACAUGCAAAUGGAUGUUAGAGACAUGAUCUUCUUCUCAGAUAACUCAUUUGACGGUGUCAUUGAUAAAGGAACUCUUGAUUCUUUGAUGUGCGGCGCCGAUGCUCCAAUAAGCGCGUCUCGAAUGCUAGGGGAAGUCAGUAGGCUUCUUAAACCCGGCGGAAUCUAUAUGUUGAUAACUUAUGGCGAUCCUAAAGUAAGGAUGCUGCAUUUGAACAAACCAGCGUACAAUUGGAAAAUUCUGCUGUAUAUUAUACCUAGACCUGGAUUUGAAAGGCGUGAGGGUUGUAGUUCUUCACCUCGAUCGUACUUGGAACCCGCUCCCACUACUGACAAGGGCUUACUCCCAGCAGAUUUCGUUUUGGAAGAUCCAGAUUCGCACUACAUAUACAUUUGCAGAAAGAUGGAUGAUACAGAGCUAAGUAAAGCACCAAACUAUGCAUUGACAGCCAACGUGUUGUAGUAGUUAUUUAUGGCGCAACACUUAUUUGAGUUGGUACCUCCUGCUUACAAGCUUCAACACGGGUGAUAAACAUUAAGCAUUUUUGUGAUUAGCAAUUCUUAUUGGACAAUCAGGACUAAUUAUUGUUAGCAUCCUUGUGGUGUUUUCUUGUAACAGAUAAAGGG